CAUUCCCCAGCCGAACGCCAACAACGCCAGCAGCAGAUCCAGCGAUCAGCGUCAAAAGAGCCACAAACCACGAUUAGCCAGCAGCCAACCGCCAACCGCUAACCGCUAGCAUCGAUAACGAGCAGCUGUUUUGGGCCCAGUGUCAGAGAGUUAUCUGGCCGCAUCUGCCAACAGCAGCAGCGAUCCCCCGCAUCGUCGGCAUCAGCAGCAGGCAGCAGAAACAAGUGCAAAAGUGAAGUGAACUCCGCCGACAGCGACGCUCUCUCUCUGUCACCUCCAGCUCCACCUCCACCUCCAGCUACCUGCUCAGCCAGCCAGCUCCUCUGGUCUCUCGCGCUCCGGCUUCGUGCUCGCGCCGUGUGUUCGCCGCGGUUCGCUUUAGAUUCGGACUCGGAUUCGGACCCGAGAUCGGGUUCGUGUGGCGCUCCGCUCGCGCUCCAAGUCGCGCCGUAAAUUACUUGCAAAGUUAAAUUUAGUCUCGGCUUUUAAUACCGUUUUUGUGCGUUUUCGAGUUGGUCGUGUUUUUGUUAACAACCAAAUUCCAAUCAAAAAUCAAAAAUCAGCUUGGAACAAAGCCAAAAAAAAUAUAUUCUGAAGCGGAAAGCUCUUACAGCGCUUCAGAAGGAAAGACUUGUGAAGCUUGUGAAACAUUUCCCGGAUCCUGCCGACCGAUAAUCCUGCUGACAUUUUUUUCUUUGCCAAGUAGCCGAGCAAACUGCAUUAUUUUUUUUUCUGUUGAACAACUUGAACGGAGAUGUAAGCUACUCGCCCCCGCCGAGAACUGAGCCCCGCUUCCUGCUGACCAUUCAGAACAAUUAUUUUUCGACGCGGCCACCACACACAGCUCCGAAACGGCCAGCGCAGCAAGCCUUAAACAACAAUAUCCAAUUACAUAACAUUUAAUUGCAAAGAGCAGCAAUUUAAUAUCAUAAUUCGCAAACAAAAUCAACAAAAAAACCAAAUAAAAACGCGCUCACACACACUCCCGCAAGUGUGUACGCAUACGCAUACGCAUACGCAUACAGACGAAGGCGCAUUAAAAGACGGAAGUGGAUUCGGUUCGUACAGCGGCAAAGCGGCGCAUCCUGUUUUGGGCUUUUCCACACACACGCACACACACACACACACACGUACGGUCUCUGUCGCGCACACUCGUAUAAGAGCUGCGAUCACGUUUUCGCAAGACAUACAACGCCAGAGUCUUUCCUUUGGUUAACUGAUUAACCAGCACACUCGAAAAAAGGGGAACGGAGAACGGAGAACGGAGAGCACAGCAAGAGAAAUCCAGCAAGAUGACUGGUUUCACGAACGGUGGCUUCGAGAACGAUGAGCCCGUCAAGCCGAAAGCUGGUUUCGAGCCCGACAGCGCCUCGCUGCGAGAGAAAGUUGUGCUGAAUCCGGCCGAGAAAUGGCGCAUCUUAAAGAACAUCUCGAUCAUCUCGAUCGCCUUCAUGGUGCAGUUUACAGCGUUUCAAGGCACAGCCAAUCUGCAGUCAUCGAUCAACUCGAAGGAUGGCCUGGGCACUGUCUCGCUGAGCGCGAUCUAUGCGGCCUUGGUGGUGUCGUGCAUCUUCCUGCCCACCCUGAUCAUCCGCAAGCUGACCGUCAAGUGGACACUCGUCUUCAGCAUGCUCUGCUAUGCGCCCUACAUUGCCUUCCAGCUCUUCCCGCGCUUCUACACCCUCGUGCCCGCCGGCAUACUGGUGGGCAUGGGUGCGGCGCCCAUGUGGGCGUCCAAGGCGACCUACCUGACGCAGGUGGGACAAGUGUAUGCCAAGAUCACAGAACAGGCGGUCGAUGCCAUUAUUGUGCGGUUCUUUGGCUUCUUCUUCCUGGCCUGGCAGUCCGCCGAGCUUUGGGGCAAUCUGAUCUCCAGCUUGGUUCUUUCCAGCGGUGCCCACGGAUCCAGCAGCAGCAGCAACUCAACAAUCAGCGAGGAGGAUCUGCAGUAUUGCGGCGCCAACUUCUGCACCACCGGCGCCAAUGGACACGGCAACCUGGAGCGUCCGCCAGAGGAUGAGAUCUUCGAGAUCUCGAUGAUCUAUCUGUCGUGCAUCGUGGCCGCCGUCUGCAUCAUUGCCUUCUUCCUCGAUCCCCUCAAGCGCUACGGAGAGAAGCGUAAGGGCUCCAACUCCGCCGCCGAGAUCUCGGGCCUCCAACUGCUCUCGGCCACGUUCCGUCAGAUGAAGAAGCCCAACCUGCAGCUGCUCAUCCCCAUCACCGUCUUCAUCGGCAUGGAGCAGGCCUUCAUUGGUGCCGACUUCACCCAGGCCUACGUGGCCUGCGCCCUGGGCGUCAACAAGAUCGGCUUCGUGAUGAUCUGCUUCGGCGUUGUCAACGCCCUGUGCUCCAUUCUGUUCGGAUCUGUGAUGAAGUACAUUGGCCGCACGCCCAUCAUUGUCCUGGGAGCCGUGGUGCACUUCACUCUCAUUACGGUGGAGCUCUUCUGGCGACCCAAUCCCGACAAUCCCAUCAUCUUUUACGCCAUGUCCGGCCUGUGGGGCGUCGGCGAUGCCGUCUGGCAGACCCAGAUCAACGGCCUCUACGGGCUGCUCUUCCGCCGCAACAAGGAGGCGGCCUUCUCCAACUACCGCCUGUGGGAGUCCGCUGGCUUUGUGAUUGCCUAUGCCUAUGCCACCACGCUGUGCACCCGCAUGAAGCUGUACAUUCUGCUGGCGGUGCUCACGCUGGGCUGCAUUGGCUACGUCAUCGUCGAGAUUCUCUACAGGAAGAAGCAACGCAAGGUCAAGAAGCAGGAGAAGCUGGAGGCUGCCGAGAAGGAGAAGGAGGCCGCUGCCGCGGCUGCCGCCGCCCUUGCCGCAGCCGAGGCCGGCGUCGACGGCGUCGAGGAGACCGACGACGAGUUGGAUGAUCUCGAAGAAGAUAUUGUAGUCACGCGCCUGUAAAUGGAGUCAUCGGGGCCGAUAACUGUUAACUGUUUGAUCAAUCGUAUCGAUAGUCGAUGAUUGAAGAUCGAAACAAAAGAAAUCGUUGUAUAGCCAACGGCGUACUUAGUGCAUUGAACCCCCCUUACCCCCUUACCCCCUCGCCCAUCAAUUGUCACGCAUUAUCCCCAAAUCCCGACCACUCGCGACACCAGCCCCUCCUCCACAGAGAAAACCAUUUAGCUCAAAGACCACCCCGAGACGCACACACAUGCACCUCGCUAUGCAUGCACUACCCCCAAACCCAACCCCCUCCGCAUGUGUGUGUGUGCUUGGAUAACUUUAAUUUGUACAUAAAAAGAGAGAGAAAGGAGAGGGAGAGAGCCUCGAGAGAGAGCGCGAGAGGAGAACGAUAGGCAGGAGUUGUCGAAGAGCGAAAGAAAGCAGAAACUGCGGAAUACAUUUGCAUGUGUGUUAGUACACACACACACGCACACACACACACCACACACUACACACGUGAGUGCGUGCGGGCCCCUAAAUGCCUAUAAAAAAUUGUUAUUUUAUUUUAAAUCGUAUUUUAACUAUAGCCUCUACCCCUUAAAAAACAAAACACUUUUUCCUUUGUAAAUUGAGAGUAAUGAUUUGUUUUUUUUUUUUUUUUUUGUUGGUUUUGCCACUGAGA